CUGAUCCGAGGACAUUCACUGCCAAAACAGACUUUCAGGAGAACGAGACUCAAAUGCCCGAGACAGAUUCACCCUACAAGAUGAGUGAUGCUACAGAUGUGUCCUCCACCGCUCUGAUGGUCACCAGAACUCCUCGUGCACCUCAGAACUUCACCCAGAAUAGAGCUGACAUGACAGAGACCACCUCAGAUGUUAUGGAGCAGACCCACAACCCUCUGACUCCUCAGACAGAGUUUACUAUCUCCACGACAGACGCAGAGCCUUCGGGUUCUUCUGACUUUCAUACAGGACCGUCUGAAACUCACAGCACUGAUGCAGAUCCUACACUGACCAAGAGUUCAACCAGUAGUGUCCCAGUGUCAAACACAGACGAGGAGUGGACAAAUGCCACGACCAGAAGCCCAGAGAUCAUCAAAGAUGUUCAGACCUUGUUGCCAUUUAAAACAAGAACGAGCCGAGCCAUUACUGAAGAUCUUCCCAGUACAGAUACUAGAGCUACUCCCAAUACAGCCACUGGUUCUGCUGAAACUAGAGCGCAUGCAACAAGCAGCCCUGCAGCCCUGUACACAUCUACAGCUGCCCCGGACACAUCAACAACAUACACAACUACUGUGGCUCCAGCCACAACUGUAGGAACCACCAGCACCAUCCCCAGUACUGCUGCUCUGAGCACAGGGACCUCACCUCCACCAUCUACUGCCACUCCGACCACGGCUUCCACAGCACAGCUUGUAACGACGGAGGCGGUCAGGUGUCUGGUGAACAUGACUGCAGCAAGUAUUCAUAUGGAUUAUUGUGUGUUGAAUUUCACAACACCUGGCAAAUCCUGCAGCUUCGUCAUGACUGAUGCUUCUCACUUCACAAGGUGUUCUGAAGACAUGAAGCGUCCAAGCCAUUACACAUGCACGAUGAUUGGUUUGACUCCCGGCGCUACCUAUUGGUUUGGAAUCAUGUCUGAGACAGAUGCUGCACACUUAAACGUUACAGUUCAAACCACUCCUGCUCCCGUCACAUCACUGACUCUCCAGAGCAACGGCAGUCAGGACGCUCUCAAAGCCGCCUGGAUUCCUGCGGUCGGACGCGUGGAGUCCUACCAGCUCUCUCUGUCUCCCUCCAUCUCUUCACAACAGGACCUUAUUCUGCCUCCAAACACUACUCAGUGGGUUUUUAGCGGCUUGACACCUGGAAAAGAUUAUCAAGUGUUGGUGAAGACGAAGAGUGGAGAACUAACAGCUGAGACCAGGACAAACAGGGAGAACAGACUGAGAUGUGUCUUUGUGAGUUCUUGUUGUGUCUGCUGCUCAUCAGCUCCAGGAUGGGCAGCUCAUCUCCGGCUGGAGGCCCUUGAUGAGAGGACCCUGCGGCUGUCCUGGUCUGCUCCUGCUGGCGACUGGGAUUUCUACCGUGUGCUGCUGUUCAACGGCUCGUCUGUGCUGAUGAACCGGACGGUGGACAGGAGUCUGGUGGAGUUCAACUUCACAGGACGGGACUCUGAUUCCAGGCCGUGCUUGUCCGUCACGCACCGAGACCUCGCUGAGCGCUGGUGUGGAGCCAUCCCAGUCGGAGAGUGGGACAACUACACCGUCCUGCUGAAGGACGGAGACGUCACUGUGGACACACAGACAUUAUCCCGUGGUGUGCAGGAAUGCAGUUUUAAUAAGCUGAUGCCUGGACACACCUAUAUGAUCACCGUGACGACCAAUAGUGGAGAUCGGAGUAGUUCGGCCCACGUCUCAGGGAGAACCGUCCCUGCACAGGUCACCCAGCGGGUCAGUAAUCAGGGCAGCACAGACGCUCUGCAGGUGAGCUGGGACGGCGGCGCGGCCGGUGAGGUGGAUCUGUACCGUUUGCUCCUCAUCCACAACAGCGUGGUAAUGAAGAACGAGAGUGUGCCGCCCAAUGUCACCUCCUACCACUUCCAGGGCCUGAGAUCUGGCGCUCUGUACAGGACAGUGCUGACCACAGUGCACAGGGGCGAUCUCUCGCGCCAGACGGUGGCUGAUGGGCGCACAGUUCCAGCCGCAGUGAGAGACGUGACGGUGAGCAACAAUGGCCGCAUGGACUUCCUGAGUGUGUCCUGGAGAGCAGCUGAGGGAGACGUGGACAGUUACUUGGUCACUCUGAGAGAUCAGGAGAGAACCAUUCACACUCUCACUGUGUCCAGGCUCACUACCGAGUGUGUCUUUAAGUCUCUGGUGUCUGGACGCCUCUACAACAUCUCCAUCAGCACCCGCAGUGGAGAGUAUGAGAAGCACACCGUGGUUCAGGAGCGCACACAACCUGCCACAGCGUUGAACCCUACAGCCACACACAUGGCUCGUGACGACCGUCUGAAGGUGUACUGGCGCCACGCGGCUGGAGACUUUGACCACUAUCAUGUCUCCAUCAAGCACAACAACAUCUUCCAGCAGAACAAGACGGUGCCCAAGACUCAGAAUAGGGUGUUCAGUGGGCUGGUGCCAGGCCGACUCUACACUGUGAUCGUCAGCACAUGGAGCGGGAAAUAUGAGUCCAGCGUCUCAACUCACGGAAGGACAUUGCCAGCAGGAGUGCAGAACCUGACGCUGGCUGACAGCGGCACAGAGGACCUGCUGGUGACGUGGGUUUCUGCCCCCGGAGAUGUGGAUCAUUAUGAGGUUCAGCUGCUCUUUAAUGACAUGAAGGUGUUUCCUCCGAUCACACUAAACAGCAGCACCAACAGAUACCUGCUCUCUUCACUCACUCCUGGAAGACUUUAUAAAAUUGUGGUGUCCACCUUUAGUGGGCCAAAUCUAAGUGUGCAGUUUAUCAAAGGCAGAACAGUUCCCAGUAAAGUGAAGAACAUUCUUAUCAGUAAUGCCGGUCAGAGCAGCAGUCUUAGAGUGAACUGGACGCCGGGACAGGGUGAUGUGGACCACUAUGCUGUGUCACUGUCCCAGACGGCGCGGCAGGCUGAGGAGAGAUCAAUCCCUAAACAUGUGCAUGAGAUCAGUUUCCAGGGUCUACUGCCAGGGCAACAGUACAUGAUAACUGUUACAUCAGUCUGUGGAUCUCUGAUCAAUAACAGCACAGCAACAGGACGAACAGUGCCGUCCUCCGUGAGCGCUCUACAAGUGGAGGACCAGCGCAGCACAUCCAGUCUGCUGGUGUCAUGGCAGGCAGGUCGAGGGGUGUAUGACGGCUAUCAGCUGCAGCUGCUGGAUGAGCGAGGGUCUCUGGUGGCUAACAGCUCUCAGACUGCAGAAGCCAGCCAGCAGUACUUCAGACAGCUCACUCCAGGAAAAAAAUAUCGUGUUGUGAUGCAAACCACCAGCGGAGGAAUCAGCAGCAAAGCUGUCAUUGCUGAGGGCAGAACCUAUCCAGCGAUUGUUAAUAACCUGUCCGUCAUAAGCAACACAACCACAAGCCUGUCGUUCCGCUGGGAUCUGCCAGAUGGGGAGUUUGAUGGAUUUGAUGUUUUUCUGUAUACUGGAGAUGAAAGCUUGCAAGAUCAGAAAACAGGAAUGAUGAACAUGCAGGACUGUUCUUUCCAGAACCUUCAACCUGGGACUCAGUACAAGGUGGUGGUUCUGACCCGCAGUGGGGAUCAGACCAAUGACACGUCCAUCUGGGCCCGGACAGUUCCUGCAGCUGUGACGUUCUUGUGUGCCGACAAUAGAAGAAGCUCUGAGAGUCUGUGGUUGAGCUGGAAACAGGCCGGGGGUGAAGUGAGCAGCUAUACCCUCCUGAUUUACAACCCUGAUGGGACUCAACAAGAGGAGCAGAGCUUGGGCCCGGAGAGCAGAAGCUACACGUUUCAAAGGCUGGUGGCUGGACGACUUUACCAGGCUGUGGUCCUUACACACAGUGGAGAUCAGACCAACAUGGCAACCACUACCGGCAGGACGGACCCUAGGCCACCUAUCUCGUUCUCAUUUGGAGAAAUCAAUAACACUUCACUGGAGAUCACCUGGAGCGGUCCAGAAAACACUGAUUAUGAUGACUUUGACCUUCAGUGGAGCCCCAGGGACCAUCUGUCUGUGUUCAACCCCUACCACAGCCCCACAUCUGGAAACCGUAUUCUGAAAGGCAUGUACCCUGGCCGUCAGUACAACAUCAGCCUGCGUACAGUCAGCGGCGCCGGAACCAGCAACCCUACCUACAGCUCUCCGGUCCACAGGAGCAUCAGGACAAAGCCGGAGCGUGUCCAGAGUCUGCACUGCCGUCCUCAGAACUCUACAGCCAUUUCCUGUUCCUGGAGUCCCCCCAAAGCUGACUUUGACUCGUACACCAUCGAGUGCUUGAGAAAGGGCUCUCAGAGAAUGGUGUACUCACAGCGCACAGUCAAAGAGAACACCGUCUAUCUGAUCAAAGAUCUAGAGCCUCAUAAGCAGUACAUUGUCUCUGUCAAAGUCAUCUCUGACAGCAUGACCAGUGAGGCAGUCAUGGAGAAUGUGGUCACAAUGAUAGACCGUCCACCUCUGCCCUCAAUUCGCAUUGAUGAGAAUACAGUUAAGGUUACCAAGUCAACCAUAUUCUUCCAGUUCAACUGCAGCUGGUUCAGUGAUAUCAACGGUGCUGUGAAACACUUCACCAUCAUCGUAACUGAAUCUGAUGACAGUGAAAACCAGCAGCCGUACCAGCAUCAUCCUCUUCCCUCAUACCUGGACUACAGAUCCAACAGCUCGGUCAAAGCUUAUCAGACCAGUUACUUCUCCAGCCACUGUGAUGAGAGCCAGAACACAGUGCAGGAGUUUGAGAUUCACCUGGGGUCGGGCAUGGAGCAUCUGGGAGGACGAUGUGACCCGAAACCAUCGGCUGACGCAUCUCAACACCAGGCCAUCUUCUGUGAUGGGCCACUGAAACCCAAGACAGCAUACAGACUCAGUGUACGAGCGUUUACCAAACUCAACGAGGAUCUCCCUGCACUCUAUACUGAUACAUACCUGUCCGAGCCCAUCAUGACAGACGCAGAGCCAUUGAGUGGGGUUAUCGCAGGGGUCAGCGCUGGACUCUUCCUCAUCGCCACCAUGGUGGGUUUAAUUGUUCUGCUGAUCUGCAGACAGAAAGUCCACAAAAUGAGUGCACAAGAGCCUGUGGUCAGAAUGAGUUUGAGGAGAGAAAGACAACCCUCGGGAAGUCACGUCCUUGUUAGAGGGAACCGUCGUGUCUCAAGUCCCAUCAGCAUCACACAUUUUGAGUCACAUUUAGCUAAACUUCGAGCAGACUCCAACUACCUCCUUUCUGAGGAAUAUGAGGACCUGAAGGAUGUUGGUCAUAACCAACCUCAAGACGCAGCGUUAUUGCCUGAAAACAGAGGCAAAAAUCGCUACAACAAUAUACUGCCUUAUGAUUCUACACGGGUGAAGCUGUCCUAUGUUGAUGAUGACUCCUGCUCAGAUUAUAUUAAUGCCAGCUAUAUUCCUGGUAAUAACUUCAGACGGGAGUAUAUAGCGACUCAGGGUCCUUUGCCCGGCACUAAAGAUGAUUUCUGGAAGAUGGUCUGGGAGCAGAAUGUGCACAACCUAGUUAUGGUGACACAAUGUGUUGAGAAAGGAAGGGUGAAGUGUGACCAUUACUGGCCAUUUGAUCAGGAGCCGCUGUACUAUGGGGAUCUGGUCGUCCAGAUGCAGUCUGAGUCCGUGCUGCCCGAGUGGACCAUCCGAGAAUUCAAGAUCUGUAAUGAGGAACAGCUGAGCUAUUCCCGAAUCGUGCGUCAGUUUCAUUACACUGUGUGGCCGGAUCACGGCGUUCCAGAGAUCACACAAUCGCUCAUUCAGUUUGUGCGGACUGUGAGAGACUAUAUCAACCGGACACCCUUCUCUGGAGCCACUGUAGUGCACUGCAGUGCUGGAGUGGGGCGCACCGGAACCUUUAUCGCUCUUGACAGAGUCCUUCAGCAGCUGGACACUAGAGACACGGUGGACAUCUACAGUGCUGUGUUCGAUCUGAGGCUUCAUCGCACACACAUGGUGCAGACGGAGUGCCAGUACUCGUACCUCUAUCAGUGCGUGCGAGACGUUCUCCGUGCGAGAAAACUGCGUAGUGAACAGGAGAACCUCUUGUAUCCCAUCUAUGAAAACAUGCAUCUGGAUUACCACAGAGAUGUGGUCUACUCCAAACGCUGAUGUGCAGGUGGAUAAAAAGAGACCAAACACUUUGAUGUCAAACACAUGUAAAAAUUUAUUUGAAAAUGAAUUUAAGGUAAUAUGCUAUGUGUAUGUCUAGAUGUAACAGAAUUAUAUCAUGUACAUAUAUUAUUCAAUAUUAAUUCAGAGUUUAUGUUAAUUCUUGCAUAAUGGAAUGUGCAUCACUAAUUAAAUGUUGUAGUUUAUUUUAUAUAAAUAAAAAUAUUACAAAACAAAA